GUGCGACGAGGACAGACAAUCCACGAAGGGCAGCCGAUCUUGAAGCAGGACGUAAACGUGUUUGGAAUGUCUUCUGGAGUGGAGAAGGACAAAGCGAGGAAGGGGGAGACAAACGGCGGCAAGAACUUCUUCCCGCAAGCUAGCGACUCUGCCUCCAGGGCCACGCCCACUCCAGGCAAAAGCAUCGCAGAGUCCCCGCCCACUACACGAAGGUUGAGCUUCAGUGGGAUGUUCAGGUUGGCCUCGAGGGAAUCCAACCAGCAAAUGUCAUCCUCACCUAUCACCAGCAAGCUUUUCGCACGCAACAAGAGGAGCAAAGCCAGAGCCUUCAGUUUGUCGUGCACCACCCCCCCGCCACCGGCUCUGCAGACUCCCCCCGGCCAGGAGCAGUUGAGCGUCUUCCCCCUGGAGACAUACGCCAGCGAGCCCAGACGUCUGCGAUCCUUCUCGUCUCCUCCGGACACAGGACCGCGCUCGUCCUCGUCUUCAUCCGCAUCAGGCUGUCACCCAACACCUUUGGCCACGCCCCUUGCCGUUGGCAACCAGGCAACGGAUGUAGCGGGAGAGAUGCAGCUACGAGGCCUCGCGGACGAGGGCGUGUGUGCGGACUCCGAGAGGGACAUUUACACGCGCUUCAUGAAGUCUCACAAGUGUUACGACAUCAUACCCACCAGCUCCAAACUGGUCGUCUUUGACACCACGCUGCAGGUGAAGAAAGCCUUCUUUGCUCUUGUCGCAAACGGAGUUCGAGCUGCUCCUCUGUGGGAAACCAAGAAACAAAGUUUUGUUGGAAUGUUAACUAUCACGGACUUCAUCAACAUCUUGACCAGAUACUAUAAGUCACCCAUGGUUCAGAUUUACGAGCUGGAGGAACACAAGAUAGAGACAUGGAGAGAGCUUUACCUGCAGGAAACCUUCAAGCCUCUGGUCCACAUCUCGCCAGAUGCCAGCAUCUUCGAGGCGGUGCACUCACUGAUCCGGAACAAGAUUCAUCGUCUUCCAGUUGUCGACCCGCUGAGCGGCAAUGCACUUUACAUCCUGACGCACAAACGCAUCCUCAAGUUCCUGCAGCUCUUUCUGUGCGAGAUGCCCAUGCCUGCCUUCAUGAAGAAGACGCUGGAGGAAGUGGGGGUGGGCACUUACGCUGACGUCGCCUUCAUCCACCCGGACACUCCCCUCAUCACCGCCCUGUCCGUCUUCACACACCGCCGUGUUUCUGCCUUGCCCGUCGUCAAUCACCAAGGCCAAGUGGUGGACAUCUACUCCAAGUUUGACGUGAUCAACUUGGCGGCGGAGAAGACUUAUAACGACCUGGGCGUGACGGUCACACAGGCGCUGCGGCACCGCUCGCAGUACUUUGAGGGCGUCCUGAAGUGCAACAAGAUGGAGACGCUGGAGACCAUCGUGGACCGCAUCGUCAAGGCUGAGGUUCACAGGUUGGUGGCGGUGGAUGAAGAGUCUCGCAUCGUGGGCAUCGUGUCCUUGUCGGACAUCCUUCAGGCGCUUGUUUUGACUCCUGCCGGUGUGCUCAGGGUCGGCGACUCUUUCCACACUCGCGCUGCUUCGGGCUCUACAUUGGACCAGGACCACAUAGCUGACCAGGAACGCGACCUGGGAAUUGACCACAAGCAGGGCUACAGCCAGGACCAGGAGAAGGAUCAGGACCACAGUCAGGACCAAAGCAUUGACCAGGACCAUGAGCACAACCACAGCAGUGACAAGGAGCAGGAACAAGAUCAGGACCAAAGUCAGGAGCAGAACAUUGACCAGGAUCCAAAUCAUGACAACAACCAGGACCAUAACGAUGACAAGGACCAUGAGCACAACCACAGCAGUGACAAGGAGCAGGAACAAGAUCAGGACCAAAGUCAGGAGCAGAACAUUGACCAGGAUCCAAAUCAUGACAACAACCAGGACCAUAACGAUGACAAGGACCAUAACAACAGCCGGGAACAGAUCAAAGACCAGGAACGUGACAAUGACAAGGAAGAUAUCUGGGAUCUGGAACACAACCAGGACUAUGACCAGGAACAUAAUAAUGCCCAGGAAGAUGACCACCAUGAUAAUGCCCUGGACCAGGAACUUGACAAUGACCCCAAUCAUCAGCACAACCAGGAGCAUGAUCAAACCCUCUGUGGAGACAAGCGCACUAACUCCAAGCAGGAGGAGAUGGAGACUGAAGGCGAUACUGGUGGGGAGACAGAAAGGGGGGAAUGAGGGCGGGCCGAGGAGGAAUUGUGACAUCACGUCUUAAGGCGGGUCAAACUGGGAUUGACAGCUGACGGACACACUCAUUAAGAAUGCAAGUAAACACAAGUUGUUUGCAUGGCAGCUAUUUGAAACAGGCUAGCAGCUAGCAUAGCAGCACAGUUACUUGAUGUAAACACACACAAUAAUCACAAUGUUGGUAGCUUCCUAAUGCUAACGUGUCCGUGAGAUUAAGUGAUUUUGCUACAAGCUAACCGAUCGUGUGAUGUCUCGGCAUUUUCUUCUAACGUGAAUGCAUCGACAAUCCUUUCGUCUGCACUUUCUGUUCCUGGAUGAGGUCAUAAGACGGCGUCGUUCAGCAAGAACUUAAAACAUUCACAUUAGGAAAAAAAGUGCUGUUAUUUGCACACAAGUUGAAUCAGUUACUUGUUUUCAUAGACUUUUUGCUCAGUGAGCUACAGAUCAAUUUAAUGUCAGACAUUUAUUUAUUUAUUUAUUCAUCUUCCGUAUCGCUUUUUCCUCACGCGGUAGGUGGGGUACACCCUGAGCCGUUCGCCGUCCAAUCGCAUUAUAGUAUAUUAUAAAGUAUUUAAAGUUGUUUUCUUUGUUACUGAAUUUACAUUUGUGAUAGAAUUUAGCGUUCUUAAGUAACAUUAAUGAGUAACAUUCAGAAUACAAAAAACCCCUCCUUUUGUCUUCUAAAAAAACUUGUGAAUCUGAAUAAAACGAUCACGUCAUUGUC